AUGGCGUGUUUGAUUAAAGGAGUGUACAUUGCAGAAAUAGAUAGACAAGAAAAUAGAAGAGAGGAUAAGCAAAUAGCCCCAACUUGGUGGGAAGCUUUUCAUUUCAAAUGCAUCAAAGUCCUUGAAGACGAUGUAGAUUCCUCCAUUUUUGGAGCCGUCUUUGAGUAUAUGGGACACCAGAUUGAAUCUCCUAAGUAUGUAAUUGCAAUCCGGGGCACGAUGAUCAAAUCAAGAACAGCUAUACGAGACGUCUAUAUGGAUGCAAAGAUUGCCCUAAACGAGCUAAGUCAUAGCUCUCGGUGCGAACUUGCAUUAGAAGCAGUAGAAGGCAUAAUAGGAAGCACACACCAUACAAAUGUAUGGUUGGCAGGGCAUUCUUUAGGUGCAUCGAUAGCAUUACAAACAGGAAGAGACAUGGCUAAACGAGGUUAUUACCUCGAAACUUAUCUUUUUAACCCUCCAUUCCUUAGAUUACCUUUGGAGAAGAUCAAAUGUCGAAAAAUUAAGGAUGGGAUACGUUUUAUGCAAAGUUUUGUAAAAGCCGGUGUUUCACUUGUUCGUAAGAAAACAGAAGAGUAUGAUCCGUUUAUUUUACUCAACUCGUGGAUCCCAUAG